AUGUUUACCCUUCCUUUAUUCUUGGUCGCUGGCGGCCUUUUCACUCUUUCUAUGGGAGCUCCCAUUGAACAACGUACUGUGAAUUCUUACACUGUUUAUUCUGGUGAUGGAGCUACUUCAGUUGGAUGGCCAACUGAGAGUGAUUGGAUUUCAAGCUACGAUACUAUGUUCGAUAACCAAAAGAGUGUUUUGAAAGCUUCAUGUACUCAAUUCGGUGUAGAAAAUAAUUCCGAUGAUGAGAUCUCCGAUCUUAAAUCCGCCAUCUCUGAAGUUGCCGAGACUACUGGUAUUGAUUCUCGUUUCAUUCUCGCUAUCGUUAUGCAAGAAUCAAAUGGAUGUGUUCGAGCUCCAACAACCGUUUACUCCAUCUCUAAUCCGGGACUUAUGCAAUCUCACGAGGGAUCUGGCUCUUGCAAUAGCGGCUCUUCUGUUCAAAAUCCUUGUCCAAAGAGUGAAAUGGUUCAAAUGAUCACCGAUGGAACAGCUGGUACUUCAUCUGGUGAUGGACUCGCUCAAUGUCUUAAGGAGAGUGGUUCCAGCGAUGUUUCCAAAUAUUACAAGGCAGCUAGAAUAUACAAUUCUGGGUCAAUCGUUUCAUCUGGAAAUCUUGGAGAUGGAGUAGCAACUCAUUGUUACGCAACUGAUAUCGCCAAUCGUCUCACAGGAUGGUUUUCCGGAACUUCUUCAUGUGAUAGCGCUACCAUUGGUUCAUUAACUGGUGGAGCUGCUUCUGCUGGUUCCAGCGCAGUCAGCUCUGUGGUUUCGGCUGCAAGUUCGGUGGUUAGCUCUGUGCUCUCCGAAGCUACUUCUAUCUUGUCUGUUCCUACCUCUGCUUACGCAGUUCCAACAUAUGUUUCUGUCGGUGGUAUAUUUGCUCAAGCAGGUACUUCAUCUUCGUCUUCUUCCGUCGUCGCAACAGUUACUUCCGCCGUUUCUGUCCCAACAGCCGUUUCAUCCUCUUUUUCGUCUUCAUCCAUCGUUGCAGCCACUACCUCCUCUGUAGUCACCUCCGCCUCCUCAAUUCCAACAAUCGCCUCCUCGAACUCCACCUCCGCACUCACAACCUCAAUCCCCACUCCCUCUCUCCCCGCAACCAUCACCACCGCCUCCAGUUCCCCCACCAGCUCCAUCGCCAUCACCUACCCCUCCGCAUCUUCCUCCUCCUCCAAUAACACCACUCACACCCCCGGAACCGAAUGUGCUACCCCCGGCACAUGGAAUUGCAUCGACGGAACAACUUUCCAACAAUGUUCAUCGGGUACCUGGUCGAGUGUUGGUGGCUUAGCUUCAGGAACUAAGUGUACAGUGGGUGAGAGUGAUAUUAUCGAUAUUUUUGCUGUCAAUUCUGAACGUAAGAGAAGUUUGGGAGUGGGAGCGGAGAAGAGAGGAAUGAGACAUGCUCAUAUGCAUGGACUUAAGAGACAUGUUUUGUAGAUUUUGGGGGCUUUUUCAUCAGGGGUUUUCCUUUUUUUUUUUUCCACUUCUUUUGAUGAUGAUGAAUCAUUUUAUCAUCUCGCCUUUGGGCAUUUAUCUUCUUGACUUUUUUACCUUUUUACGUUUUUUUCACUUCUUCAACAAACACUUAGGGUUCGGAUGGGUUUGGCAUGGGUGGAAAGGAUGAUAUCACACUACACCUCACCACACUACAAUACACUACACAACACUACACGAUAUGAUGGGCUGAGAUGGGAUGGGAUGGAUUGAAACGGAAUAGGAUGCAUAGGGCUGGGAUGCAACAGAAAGCAUAGGCACGGAAAAGAAAAGAAAGAUGAAACCUGGUGUUUCUCUUUCAAUUGUGGUGUGCGGAAUGGAAGAUGGAUAGGAUAAAAUGGGAUGGAGUAGCAUGUAUAGCGAGAGACUGAGACGGGGAAGGAUUUGAUAGAGUAGUAUGGAUCUUAUACUUACUAGUAUGCAAAACCAUCAUGGAGAAUCGAAAUCAGAUUACAUCA